AGGAAAAAUGGCUCAAAGAGUUACUUACAGAAGAAGAAACCCAUACAACUCUCGUUCUAACAAGAUCAAAGUUGUUAAGACCCCAGGUGGUGUCUUGCGUGCUCAACACGUAAAGAAGACCGGUACCAGACCAAAAUGUGGUGACUGUGGUGUCGCUUUGCCAGGUAUCUCCUCUUUGAGACCAAGAGAGUAUGCUCAAGUCUCCAAGACCCACAAGACUGUCUCCCGUGCUUACGGCGGUUCCAGAUGUGCCAACUGUGUCAAGGAAAGAAUCGUUAGAGCUUUCUUGAUCGAGGAACAAAAGAUUGUGAAGAGAGUGUUGAAGGAACAAGCUGAGAAGGAGAAGGCUGCUGAGAAGAAGGCUGCUGAGAAGAAGGCUGCUAAGAAGACUGCUAAGAAGUAAAUUCAUCAUCAGAAAGAGUUCAAAGAUUAGGAGGAAUUUUAUUGGUGUCAUGUUUUCGCAGUUUUUUGUUGUAUUUUGUUAGUUUUGUUUUUAACAUCUAGAGAGAGCACUGUUCUUUACAGAACUUGAUCUCCUCUAUUCAUCUCUGUUCAUAAUUGGGUUAAUGGGGUUUUAAUUUCACGUUACGAUCAUGUUUUAAUAUCACAAAAUUAUGUAGUUUUGAUCUUUGACACAAGGUAUACCAAGUGAUUGCCGAAAUUUGCAUCUCUCAUUUUUUCUCCUAGUUGAUUG